AUAAAUUUUAUGGCCAAAAAAAUUACAGAAUUUUUGUACAACAAUAAAUAGGUGUCAUCUUAAAAUUUAAAAGCAAUUACAAAUUUUAAUCAUAAGUGUGAACCUAAAUAUGAAAGAUAUGACCUCCACAACCAAAAAUACCGUUUCCGAGUUAAUUCAACUAGCGAGAAAAUUCAAUUGUUUUUAUUUACAAGGAAUUCAUCAAGGAAUUUGCAAGCCGUUCUUAGUUGCUGGUCAUCAAGUAGGCCUCAUCAGACCUGACGUUCUGAAGCACUUGCAUCGAUUUCCGGAGGUUUUUAGGAUAACUGGCAAAUAUGUUGAACUUAAUCCUGCAUUUAGGGACUACCAACAAAGAACAAGUAAAGUUGCUGAAGUCUUGCAAAGUCUUCGAAAGGAAAAUGAAAUAUGCGCUUUGAAAGGCUGGAGAGAUGAGUGUUUUGAAGUCAGCACACCAUUUUGUCAUGAAAGUCUUCUGGAAAUGGACAGAAGUGCAGUCUGCCUUUUUGGUAUUAGAAAUUACGGAGUCAGUAUUAAUGGUUAUCUGUUUCACCCAGCAAAAGGUUUAUGUAUUUGGUUGCAGCAAAGAAGUUUUACAAAACAGACUUGGCCAGGAAAAUGGGAUUGUUUCGUGAGCGGUGGUCUGGCAGUAGGGUACGGGAUAAUGGAGACUGCUAUAAAGGAAGUGGCCGAGGAGGCUUCAGUGGUCGGAGAUUUGGCCAAGAAACUUGUUCCAGCUGGAUGCGUUAGCUUCUACUUUGAGAGUGAACGAGGUCUGUUCCCGAAUACGGAGUAUGUAUACGACUUGGAGAUUCCCCUGGACUUCGUGCCUCAGAACGCUGAUGGUGAAGUGGAGACGUUUGAGUUGCUGACUGCUGACGAGUGUGUGCAGCGAGCUCUGUCGCCCCACUUCAAGACAACUAGCGCACCAGUGCUACUCGACUUCCUCAUCCGCAGGGGAUACAUCAAUCCUGAAAAUGAAUCAAACUACAGACACCUAGUGGAGUUACUGCAUGUGCCGCUGCAGUCUAUCUACAACAAGAGUCACUCAGAUUUUGUAUCUAACGGAGAUUUCUUAGAAAACAAGUUAAAUGAAUAAUGUACUGCUUACUUUGUAGACACCUUAACAGUUUGUGUUAUUUGUUUUAAAGACAUAAUAUACUUCUUGAAAAGUAUGUUUCGAAUUACUUAUUUACUCGUAAGUCGUAGCCAAUAUUUUGAACUGCUGUUUGAAAAGUUAUGUUAAAAUUAUUAUUGGACCAAAAACAUUUUUGUGAUUGUGGAUAUUGAUAGUGUUAAAAGCGGAGGGAAAAUACGAAAUCAUGAUAGAAUUGUUUGUUUAUCUUGUAGGGCUUUAAAUUAUGUUGUGUUUGUUGUGUGAUACUUUUAAAAUCUAAAUUUUAAUGAUGGACUUUUUUGUCUGACUGCGCCAGGCGGAUUAGUAUUAUUUUUUUGUAAAAAGUUUCAUCCUAUGAUUAUGUAAUAACCAAUGCUUCAAUCGAUCAUACAUGAUAUAUCAUAUUAUUACCAGUUUCAUUUCAGCAAAUUGUAAGACUUCUUACAGACGAACGGCACGUGUCGGCGGCACGCGUCAGCGGCAGUCGACGGCACGUAUCCGCGGCAGUCGAUGGCAGUCAACAGUUCAUGACGCUUGCAGGGGGCCUACCACGACGUUUCCCAAAACUAUUAU